CUGUGCUGUGACUGACGGCUGCUAGCAGACACUAGUGCAGUUUCCAGUGGUUUAGUCAGUAGUUAUUGACUGAUCAUCUUCAUCUUCAUCAUGGCCAAAAGUGACAGCUCCUCAUAUUUCAGGAGAUCCAGUGUGUUCUGGAUCGUGAUCGUGGCGGUUUCUUUGGGGUUUUUCACGUGGACAGUGUUCUGGCCUCAGGGCGUCCCGUACAGCAGUCUCGGUCCUCUCGGCACUCUCUCCAAACACUUGGUGGACUCUCAUUAUCCGGUUCUGUAUUACGGAUGGUAUCUGACAUGGAUCAUCCAUACACUCGAGGCCCUGUUUGCGCUGAAGGUUUGCAGUGAUAAAGGCAUCGACAGCUCGUCCACUCGUCUGCUGUGGUUUGCUCAGACCUUCUUCUUUGGAUUCGCGUCUCUCGGUCUUCUGCUCAAAUACAAACCCGACGGCCGAUCCAAGCGCCAGUGAGCGACAGCACAGCCCUUUCCCAGCAUGCACUGCUCUUCAUCUCCCAGCAUGCACUGGUCUCAGCCGUCAGUGCAAUAAACAUCACAACACACGUGUGUUUACAUGAACCUGCAGUUUAUAGCCAUGAAAUCCAGUGAUCAUGGAAACGUUAUGAACCCUAUCCAGACA